GAGCGAAGCCUCUCCUCAGAGGACCCACCAAGUGCCAGAGGCUCGGACGGGAGUGUUGCUUUGAAGCCACCGAGGGUGUACACAAUAACAAGGGAAGGCGGGAUGACUCUAGGGGGCCCUGGAAGCGAGGAGGCCGUAGAGUUGACAGUACUGAAGGGGCCCAGAGAGCCGCCGGUGUCCCAGCCCUCCAACCCUUCCAUUUACAAUCUGUCCUGCACCAGCCAGCCAUCAUCCACAGUUGUUCGCGGUAGCCACCACCGUAGUAGCCAUCAUCGCACUAGUCAUCACCAUACCAACCAGCAACAAGGGGGCUCUUCAUCAUCCUCACAACCUCUCCAGAGCUCGAGGAGUGCCAGCAACAUUGGUGACUGGGGGAUGAGGAGAGGGGGUUCAAGGGAAGAGUACAGCCCAGACUGUGUGGCCUGCAUCCGUGCCCCAUGUCAAAGCCAACGAUCCCUGGACCUGGAUACCUCACCACGAGAUGGUGGAAAGCAUCGCAAGAAACUGGAGAGGGUGUACAGUGAGGACAGAACAUCCACCGAUGACAGGGAGGACAGUUCUAAUAGCUGGUUCCCCAAGGAGAACAUGUUCAGCUUUCAGACAGCUACCACCACCAUGCAGGCAAACUUCCGUAAACACCUCAGGAUGGUGGGCAGUCGCAGGGUGAAGGUCCAGACCUUCGUCGACCGCCGAGCCAAGAGCUUCAACCGCUCAUGGAGUGACCCCACCCCCGUCAAGCCUGAGUCUAUUCAUGACUCCAGAGACAGUGGCGAGCUUCAGACCUCCUCAGGGACUCUAGAUGAAGGGCUUGACGAGGAUGCUGACUGGGAGGAUGAGCGGGAGAUGGAGAGGACGGCUUGCGAAGGAGAAGAUUUCAUCCCUCCAAAAAUCAUGCUCAUAUCCUCCAAGGUACCAAAGGCUGAAUAUGUUCCCAACAUCAUCCGCCGGGACGAUCCCUCCAUCAUCCCUAUUCUAUAUGACCAUGAACAUGCGACUUUUGAUGACAUCCUUGAGGAGAUAGAGAAGAAGCUGACUGCCUACAGGAAGGGAUGCAGAAUCUGGAACAUGCUCAUUUUCUGCCAGGGCGGUCCGGGACAUCUCUACCUGCUGAAGAAUAAAGUGGCCACCUUUGCCAAGGUAGAGAAGGAGGACGACAUGGUCCAGUUCUGGCGGCGUCUCAGCAGGCUGAUGAGUAAACUGAACCCGGAGCCCAACCUCAUCCAUAUUAUGGGCUGCUAUGUGCUCGGAAGUGCUAAUGGAGAAAAGCUUAUUCAGACCUUGAAAAGGCUGAUGAGACCCUCUUCGGUUGAAUUCAAGUCCCCACUUGAGCUGUCAGCCCAGGGCAAAGAGAUGAUCGAGAUGUACUUUGACUUCCGUCUGUACCGCCUUUGGAAAAGCCGUCAGCACUCGAAGCUGCUGGACUACGACGACCUCUUGUGACCUCACCCAGCCGCCUUCAGGCUUUUCAGCCGGUUAUAGCGAGUCUGAGCCUACUGUUGCACGGUAACAGGGUGGCUGCCGUCUUGAGUUGCCAGCGGACUCUGGCUCUGCGACGGAGCCACAGCGGCAGCAGUGCAGUAGGGUGUGUUUUUUUUUUUCCUUUCUAGAACCUUCUGAAGAGGCAGAAUGUGGCCUUGUAGAAGCACCCGAUGGGUACAUCUUUUACCCCUGCCCAUUUUCACUUUCUGCCUGUCGAUGAGAAAAGAGAAGGAAAGGGACAGGAAGCGGGAGGAGAAGCAAGUCAUCAUCCUAGCCUAAAUGUGUCAACGAAGCUGACGGGAGUCAGAUUCGAAUCGGGAGUGGAUGCUGAAAGAGUGACAGCAGAUAACAGAAAGAUUAUCCCUAUAAACUUUAGAGCAAAGCUUAUUUUUUUUCUUGCCUUGCAUUUAGCAAAACUACUCAGCUCUUUUAGGAGGAAAGCUUAUAAUGAUGAGAUAUAAUUCUUUUUUUCAGGUGAUGAAGCUUUUUACAAAGGAAGCAGAGCUUAUAUGUAAAUAAGUCAUGGAAAGAACAUUAGAAAUAGGUUUUCAACUUCCUGUCUGUGGUAUUGUAACAGCUUGUAUUCAUACAAAACAUUUAGAUUUGGAAAAUAGAUUAGUUAAAGCUUUUCUGGAGAUCCAAUCUUCAGACCAAUGUGUUAGUCUUUUGUACAGACUGUUGUAUGAACUCAGGUUAAAUCCUCUAGACUUACUAACUGUAGAUCCGAGUUGAAGGCCUUCUUAAGCCACACCCCCUCAGUGGAACAUUAGGUCAUUACUGCAGCGCAGAAACUUUCACAGGUCAGCAGUAGCCGAACACAUAGAUGCAUCCACGCUUGUUUGGCUGCUUGAUAGCAUUAUUUUGUACGCUGCUGAGACAGUUUUCGCUGUUUUUUCUUGAAAUGCUGGCUUACAGGUGCCUUCUUUAUUACCUGUGUCUGUUUUUAUUGCAUGUGCGUGUUGUUCGUGUGCGUGUUUCCCUGGUGGCCUGUUAAGGAGGUGCCGGCAAACGAUUUUUAGUCACUUCAUGCGAAGAAGGUGAUGCAUAGACAUAUUUGUAUAUUUAGGUUAUCUUAAUUGUUUAUUAGCAGCUUUAAGAUUUUUUCAUUUAUGGAAGAUUUAACUUGAAUCCCACAAAGUAGCAAUGAUUUGUGAAGGCAAUACUUAGUUUCUUCUUUAUUGUGUUGUUUCACCACUUAUGAAACCAUUUACAAGCUUUUGUACAAGACGAUCAUAAGAUUUAAAAGGCACUCUCUGGUGGUUUAGUGUUGUGCUUCCCCAAAGUUAUGGGCUUUAAGAUUCAGAUGUUCUUGCUCUAGUUUAAAGAGAGAUGACCUGUGUUUAGGCCGGGGAUUUAUUAUUGUAUGAAAUCCUUGAGCAAAAACAGGACUUCUAUAAUAUUCAGACAAAAACAUGAAAACUAAAAGGUAGAAAAACAUUAGCUAAUGACUUUCAUUAGAAAACCAGUCUACAACCAUUAUCACUGCUGCUUUAAUAAUAUCACAGAUUGAUACAUUAUUAUAGCUAUAAUAUGUUAUAUGUGACUAUUUUAGAUGUUAAUUUUGCUACAUACACACUCAUAUUAAUAUAUGUAACACCGAUGAGUGUGUAGACAGUAACUUAGUGUUUCAGCAGGUGUUUAGACGUGUAGAUAUUUCAAAGAGCAAGGCGGGAAUUUAAAUUCAGUCUUGCUGGGUUACAUUUAAAUUGAACACAGUAUUUAACAUAAUUUGAAAGAAUUUUGGGAUUCUUUUGAAAGUAGAUUUGUAAUACUGUUCUGGUGGUUGCUGUGCUGUUGCAGCGUUCACAGCUUUGGUCUGUUUGCCUCAGACUCUCAGAGCUGAAACAAAACACACAAAACAAGCACCGUUCAAGUUUAGUUUUUUAUACUUAAUGUGUGGAAAUGUGCUUAGUGCACCAAAUAUCUGGUAUUAUCCACCAUCCUCCUCUUUGUGUGGAAAUCUUUUGAAAUCUUACAAGUGGAUGUCAGCUAGUUAAUCAGUGAUAUUAUUUUCCUCUGUGGUGAGCAGCAGUUGUAGAUUGUUUAUUGAGUACAAACUCUUGUCUGUGUGAAAACAGCACUAGUUUAAACAGAAUUACGGUUAGCCUCCUGUAGCCAGUCCACUUUUUUUCAAAUUGAAAUGUUUCUGAACAUCCUAUUUAGCCUUUCUUUAAAUAAUUUCCUUUUUGUGGGCCAGCUGACUGGGUGUGUACAGAAGAGGCUGGGGAGGGGAGUUGCUGCUAUACAUCAUAUGGCUUUGAGAAAACUCCUGCACCCUCAUCAAGGAGCCGUCCACAUGGAAACAUUCUAAACAUUUUCAGCUUUACAGCUUUUUCUCAAAUGGGAAGCAGUGUGGUACGGGUCUUAAAACAUUAUUUCUUCAGAAACCGGUUUCAGUCGGAAAGCAUCUUGAAAAGUAAACUUUUUGUUUUUCUGUGGAAAAACGUUUUUUUUUUAAAACCAAUGACGUCUGAUGUCUGGCCUAAUCCUUGACCCCAGCGUGUCAUGCAUCGGCAUUAUGUGCAUAGCCCACUUCUUCUUUGCUUUUGUUGUAAUUUCAUGUCUGAGUCACAGCACCACACGCAGGACUGUUACAGUUACUACGGCAUCUGGUUUGUUUUCAGUGUUUUCAUAUGGAUGAAGCAAUGACCUGUUUUAAAACAACCUCUUUUUUUAAUGACAGAUUAAAAAAAUAUAUUUCUGGAAAACAAAAAGAUUGCCACGAGGAAAUGACCUAAAAGAAAACAAUCUGAAAAUAAUGUAAGAUUAUGUCUUUAUUUAAUGUCAAACUCUCCCGUGCCUUCCUCUGACAGCUUGGUGUAGAACAUUAUGAGUCACAUGUAUUUCAGGCAGAACAGCUUGACCCCUCGUCAUCAGGGCUUUUAAUCAAUGCACACCUGCAAAACUCAUCAGAUUGGUAGCACUAACAGCAAAAAAUAAAUAAAAAAUACCCCAGUUUACAAAAAACAAGAAAAAACAAAGAUGGCUUCUUUAAACAGACUCUGCUGUAUGAAACAAUGUUUGGCUCAGGCUGCUGUAAUCUCUGUAACAGCAAAGGCUGCACUAGUCGUCUAAACAACAAGCUGCAGCAUGAAGCUACCUCAGUGUUCUGCUGAAGAGUGCUGAUUUGGAACUUCUAUCUAAUUGGGGAAUUUAAAAAAUGCUGGUGCCGGUACUGAAUAAGCAUUGAGUCAUAUAGGAUGAGUGACAUUUACAUUGCUUUGUAAGAAGCUUUUGCUGAGGUGGCCAUGUCCUCUGCUAUAUCUACCCUCCGCUUCCCCUAUGAAAGUUUGCAGCUUCACAUCAAAUAUCUCCUCCAAAGGAUACGAAAGGAAAGGAAGCAGCUUUGUCUUUCUAUUACUUUUACCUUCUUCCUCUUUACUCCAGUAGAGUGUUGAAAAGUGAUUUGGAUUCAAAUAAAUAUAUAGAAUAUAAAUAACACGUGUGAUUCUUCAUACAUGGUUCCUGACUUCUCAUCCAGCCUUCCCAGCACUCAGUAAGUGUUUUGUGUCAUGGCCGUGUGGAUUACCGUGUCCUUUCACUAUCUAUUCCCAUCAUGUGGAGUUAUUGCCUCCAUCCGAUCUGUGCUGUGGUCAGCUGAGCUGGAAGACAUGUUCCUCACAGCACAGUUGGAGCUCUUUGUCUGCAGCUCACAGAUAACGGGCUCGGACUCUAACUCUCACACAGAAAAAAAAAAAGGCCUCUGAGAUAGUAAAUAUUACAAAGCUUUUUACUGAGGGCAAUAAUCACAGCUACAGCAGGAAGUGACUGAUUUGUUUGCUUUGGCCAAAAUGGCCGAAGAGAUUCCUGGACUGAAGCCCUGUAGGGGAAAUAAAUUAAUUACAGGUUUUUUUUUUCUGUACAACUGUGUUACUAUUUUAGAAAUUUGAUUCAACCAAUACUAAUGUGUUUUCUUUGAUGUAAAAGAGACACUGCAUUUACAUGGAAAAAUGACUGUUUUAUAACUAAAAGUUAAUAACAGAUAUAAUACAGGAUGACGUUGCAGUGAGAAAAUGUGAUGUUACUGUUGAUUGUGACUCCUGCUGUUGUCAACAGUCUUCAUUUCCUCAUUGGUUUAACAACAUGGCAUGACAGUUUGUUUUCUGGGGGAGUGGGUGAUACACUGUCAUCUUCAUUUAUGUGCAGAUGCAUAUUUUCACUUUGAAAAGGUAUGUACGCAUUGCCACUAACUCCAUUAGUCAGAGAGCUUUAUAUAAAAUAUGCUUGUACAGUUUAAUAGAUGUGAAUAAACCAAAGGAUGUAGGAAGCAGCACAUGUCUAGUUGUAGAGCAGCGGCCCCAAAUAUGGAAGCUACACCUAGCUUUGGGACCUUCUUGUGUCUUCCACUUCUCCCUCUCUGCCCAUUUCCCUAUUUGAAUACUUUUAAUACAGGUCACCAAUGCAACAGAAAUCUUUAAAAAAAAGAGGAAAAAUUUAAAUAAAAUAAAGAAUUUGGAACUUGUAGGUGGGUUCCUAGAGUAAAAUCUUUUCUGAAAAGCAGAGAUCUGUGUCCACCUUAUUCCUGGCAGGGUCAAUGCGGGAGUGGUUGUGGUUUCAACUGCAGACGUUGCAGCAAAUCAGUUUUCUUUGGUUGCUAAUCGGAUGUAGGCAGCUGUAUUUUUCCACUAACUGGUUCGCAGCUUACAUAAAUUUCUGCUGUCUGUUUCGAUAACGACACAGUUACCUAAAGUCCAGCUAUUUCUGCAAUCUGUGAGGAAUCAAGCCGAUGGCAGCUGUAGAAUAAAAAUUUUCAGCCACCAAAAACAUUGUUUGAUCCUUUUAACUUUGUUAAGAAAAAUCCCAUUGAGGAGAACUUACUGUAAUUAAAAGAUCAACAGUGCUUCUGAAAGCAGAUCAGGCAUAAUAACUUUCAGGAACUGCAUGUAAUUAUAUCCUGUUAUGAUCAUCGUCAUCAUCAUCAUCGCAUGACGUCCAAGUCUUUCCAUCUCUAACUUCAUCUUAAAAAGGCUACAUUAAAAAAGGCAAUGUGCUUUUAGCUUAUUUGAAGACAGGA